UGGCUGCUGUGCCUGUAACUCUCAGCCUGAUGUCAGGUACUGUGUUUGCUGCCGCCGAGGACAAGCCCAAUGUCACCUUAAAUACAAAUGAGCUCUCCCGCUACACUACACCGCAGCAGAAGUUCCGCUAUGUGGAGCCAGAUAUAGGGCACUUGGAGCCAGGUGUUACCACUCUAAGGAAACUGGCAGAGCCAUAUGUUACUUGGUGUCAGGGUGUCAUUGCAAAAGUGAAGCCCAAGGUUGAAAGUGCCAUCCAAUUAGGAAGUGAGACCUUCACAUUCCUACAAAACCCUCCUGCUGAAUUCUACCCCCGGGUUGCGGUCAUUGGAUUUCCUGGUAUCAUUGGACUCUUUCUUGCAAGAGGCUCAAGGGUGAAGAAGCUCAUCUACCCUACAGGGCUGAUGGCUGCGGGAUACUCUAUGUACUACCCCCAAGUGGCCGCAUCAAUCACCAAGAACACAGGAGACUCGUUGUACGAUUUCGCCCUGCAGGGCUACGUUAAUGUAGAGAAAGUUUUCAACUCCGCCACCACACCAGUAGAGGGGAAGGUGAGCUCAUCCUGUCAGGUCCAAAACUAGUACAGAUUAUUUGUGGGCUCCCAAGGCACAGCAUCGCAGUGCUAGAGGCAUCACUACAGACCCUGGUUCAAUACCAGGCUGUAUCACAACCGGCCGUGAUCGGGAGUCCCAUAGGGCGGCACACAAUUGGCCCAGCGUCAUCCGGGUUAGAGGAUGGUUUGGCCGGGGUAGGCCGUCAUUAUAAGAAUUUGUUCUAAGUGGACUUGCCUAGUUA